CUUGUGAGCACACAGUGUGAGUGAAAUGGAUCGGCUACUCAAGACGCUUCUGUUCGGCCUGCUGCUGCUGCUCCCCCUCCUCUCCACCGAGGUGUCUGCUUCUGCCCGGAUUAAUGCCCGAAAGUCGGCGAACGAGGCGAGUCUCUAUAGCGAUGCGGACAAUGUGAUUAUGGUGGAUAUCGGAUCGCUGAGGCCGGCCCUCAAUAAGAACAACAGCAAGCUGGUGCAGUUCCUCAACAGCUUCUGCGGCGACUGUCAGCGCUUCGCCCCGAUCUUCAAGGGUCUUUCCCGUGACCUCUACAAGUGGCGACGGCUGCUCCGGAUCUAUGCCGUGGACUGCGCCCAGGAGAGAAACGCGGAGCUCUGCAGGGUAUUCAAUAUACGACAGACGCCCUCGCUGCGCUUUUUCAGUCCCGACACUCAGCGGAACGAGCAAGUCCUCGGAGCUGUCGUUCCGGGACAGGAUCCCAAGUUAAUCAAGUCAAUGGUGGCCGAAUUGGUAUCCCAGAAUGAGCCAAUCUUUCGUCCUCUGAUGCCAAAAGAUGAUCCAAAUAUUCUGUUACAAAAUCUUAAUGAAAGUCCCGCCCAGUUUAUUGCUCUCGUUUUCCAACCACCGGAUUCUAAGAUUGGCAGGGAUACACUGCUAGAAUUGCUGCCAUUCAAAGAAGUCGUCGUGAGGAUCGUUGAGGAUGCUCUGGUCUUUGCCAGCUUUGGACUUGAGCCAUCCAAUCAGAAAUUGGCCAUUGUUGAUCGCAGUGGAAAUGCACAGUAUUUGGCGCCCUCUUUGGAGACCAGCGAAGCCUAUGCAGCCACUGUGGGCAAUUUCCUGAGGAACCUUAACUAUAAGCCAGAUCCACCACUACCCAUUGCAGUAGCCUCGAACAUCACCGAGUUCCUAGACCAGCAGAAUCAAGCGAUCCUUGCCGAGGUCCUCAAGCCGCCACUGAAGGUCUAUCGAGCUGAUUUGGAACAGGCCAUCGACAAACUCCUGCAUAUCGAACUUCGCAAAUGGUCUAAUUUUGAGGGUAAUAACCUGAACGCCCUAAAGAACAUAAUUACGAUUUUGACCUACCUUAAUCCCCUGAACAAGGAUGGUAAACUGCUGAUGAAAGAUCUGCGCGAUUCGCUGAUUUCUUUGCCCAGUAUUAAAGGGUCUGAGUUCGGGGAUAUGGUAGAUUCGCUGGAGAAGAAUCGAAAGAUAUUUAAGGCCAGGCGAUACAUUGGCUGCCUGGGAUCACGUCCCUUCCUGCGGAGUUUCACCUGCUCCAUGUGGACCCUGUUUCACCACUUGACCGUGCAGGCAGCCAAACCACCGAACUACUUUGCUCCGGGCUCAAUUCUGAUAACCAUUCAUGGAUUUGCCAAGUACUUUUUCGGCUGCACGGAUUGCUCGGAGCACUUCCAGCAAAUGGCCAUACGUCGCAACAUGAGUUCGGUGAAGACCCACGACGAGGAGAUCCUCUGGCUGUGGGAGGCCCACAACGAAGUCAAUCAACGUAUUGCUGGUGACUCCACCGAGGAUCCCAAGUUCCCGAAGAUACAGUUUCCCAGCCCAGACAAUUGCCCCACCUGUCGGUACAAUAACUCGGAGUGGCGGAGAGAUGAAGUUCUAAAGUACUUGAAGAACAUCUACGAUAUCAAAAACCUUAGCUUUUACGGACUACCCACCCCGCAAGGUUACGAUUGAUAAGGCAUUCGAAUUUCCUAUCGAAAAUAAGUUACUAUUCAUUUGUAUAAUCUCAAGAACUAAUAUAAAAAGGAUUUUAGAAAAGAUCCUUCAAGAAAAUAAAACAAAAGAGUGUAACAUUUA